CAUAACUCUGCACUUGCGCUUUUUCUUUCUUCCCGCGUAUUGCAACGCACUGUCUCUUCCGGUUUCCCCUUUCAACUUGCUGUGCUACCCACAUUCCAUCAUGGCUUCCGCUUCCCACAAACCCAGCGCCAAGAACAAGAAGCACACUCCUCAAGCUGCGAGCAUUUCCCAGACUGAACCCGAGAGCCCCACAGACGCGAAUGACUCAGAGCCUCCGUAUGUCAAGGAGCUUCAGAAGAGCCUGCGCAAUGCGGUGAAGAAGCUGAAUGCUACCGCUAAAAUUGACUCUAUUCUCGCCGAGCACCCUGGAAAGUCUCUUGAUGACCUUGUGGAGGAGAAGAAGAUCAACGCCGACCAGAAAGCUCAAGCGCUGAAGAAGCCUUCGCUCCAGGCUGCUGUUACACAGAUCGAGGAGCAGCUCGGUCACUACAAGCAGUUUGCUGCCCAAUACGAGGAGAAAAUUGCCAUUCAGAAGGAGGCCUUGGACCAGCAGAAGGCGGCGCUGGAUAAGAUCCACCAAGAGGAGUUGGCGGCGGUGCGCGCAAAUGCUGUGGCCGAUGCUACUGAGUCUACUUCACGCGUGCUGCGUGAGAAGUUGUUUGAAGUAGCUAAGUUCCUAUGCGCGGCAGCCAACAUGCGACGCGCUGGAGAUGAGACCCCGGAAGGCGUUGCCUUUGAGGCUGUCCUUUACCAGGUGUACGCUGGUAAUCAGGAUGCGGUCACAGCCAUGGUCAAGCUCAUUGAGGGUGCGGAUGAGCAGAUUCAGGGUCUUGAGGGGGAAACUUUGGACUUGACCUAUGGCAACGUGAAGCAGGUAUCCAACCGAAAGGCGCCCAUCGAGGAACCCGAACAAUACGCCAACGCAAGCGAAAGCUCUCCUGCCUCGGACCCAACAAUUGCCAAUGCUGGCUUGACUGAGCUCCAGGACACUUCUAUUAGCGCCGAGGUCGCCGCUCAAGCGGAGACCACGACUUCUAAGCCCGACCAGGUGGCGCCCCCAACCCAGACAUCGACCACUACGGGUGCUAACCCGGCUGCCGACUCGACUUCCCUGACAUCUGCAUCUGCGGGCAUGGAUGAUAGCUGGGCUGAGGUUCCUCGUGACCCUGCAGAGACUGAAAAUGGCCUCCAAGCCACCCCUGCCAACACUGAGACUAAUGCUGCUGCCGACACUGGUGCCAAGGGCAACUCUAGCCGCCGUGGCCGCCAUGGACGCGGUCGUGGUGACGGAUCCCGCCGCGGCCGAGGCGGAGGCGAGCAACGUGGUGGAGACCGGCCUCGGGGUCGACGUGGUGGAAAACGCGGAGGAGCCAACGGAGUGUCCGCAGAUGGCCAGUGA